GUUUAAUUUUCAGUGCAAUUGCACGCUAUAACGAUGACUGUUGAAUGAUUGUGGUUGAAAAAAAAAAUAUUAAGAUGGGUAAAUUUAUACUUUUUGUUGUUAUAUGUAUUGCCUGAAGAUGAUAUUCUUGUUUAAACCCCAUCUAACAAUAUGUGGCAAAGGUCCAAGAGUAUAUGCAAAUGGUAUUUUUAAGAGAUGUAUUUUUCUGCUUAAUGGUUACUUGACCUAGCUCCAACAUAGAAGAACCUGUUUCAUUUCAAAUAGGUUCAUAAAGGAACAUAAUUUCUCUGGUUUUCUGGCAACAAGUAUUGUUUUUAUGUAUCUGUCACCUUAAUCUACUGAUUAUGUUGUGGAACACUGAAGUUGGGAUAUGAGGAAUCUGCUAAUAGCAAAAAUUGGAAUCAGGAACUGGCUAAAUUGCUUUUAUGUUCGUGAUCAAUGCAAAAGUUUCCCACUGACACCAAACAGUCACUCAAUUUUUUAAUGCAAAAAUGAUUUAUUGAAUAUGCUUACAAAAUAAUAAUACUGUACAACAAGGUUUCAAACGAAAGUCUAGUAAAUUCGAAUACUAAAUUCGAAUCAUAAACUCGUAAUGGAGAGCAAUUAAAAUCAAUUAAAAUCCCACCUACCCCACCACGUGGAGUGGUUGCCCUUUCUCCACCCAACCUCGUGCAACUUCUACUCCCAACCUGCCGCAGGUUAACCAGUGAAGGGCAGCAGAAGAAAAGCGUGGAACCCUCUUCUCCUAACCAAGUUUUUCAGGUUCUCAAGAUGCUUGCACUGAUGGAUUCUCCUCUACUUAUUGCUAAAACAUUUGAAAUCAUUAAAAUACCAGCCAGUACACGGUGCACUGUGGUAUGUGCUGCAAAAGGUCCAAGACCAAGGUAUCCCCGAGUUUGGAAGACUAAUAAAAAAAUUGGGACGAUUUCCAAGGCUGAGAAGCUUGUUAAGUCUAUUAAGGAACUGUCAAAUGUCAAAGAAGAAGUUUAUGGAGCUCUUGAUUCCUAUGUUGCUUGGGAAUUAGAGUUCCCUUUAAUUACAGUAAAAAAGGCGCUCAAGACCCUAGAAUACGAACGAGAGUGGAAGCGUGUAAUACAGGUAACAAAAUGGAUGUUAAGCAAAGGUCAAGGAAAGACAAUGGGAAGCUAUUUUACAUUAAUUAAUGCUUUAGUAAACGAUGACCGACUUGAUGAAGCUGAAGAGCUUUGGACAAAGUUAUUAAUGCGGUAUAUGGAAAGUUUGCCUCGUAGAUUUUUUGAUAAAAUGAUAUCUAUCUACCAUAAGAGGGGCAUGCAUGAGAAGAUGUUUGAGAUAUUUGCAGACAUUGAGGAGCUUGCUAUGCGACCUAGUGUGUCUAUUGUGUCAAUGGUUGGAGAAGCCUUUAUAGAGCUGGGUAUGCUGGACAAAUACCAUAAGUUACAUGCAAAAUAUCCACCACCAGAAUGGGAAUAUAGAUACAGCAGAGGAAGGCGUAUAAAAGUCAAAGUGCAAGCUCCAUCUAAACAGAUCAACACAUACACAGAAAGGCUUGAGAAUGUUGAACAAGACUCAGACUUAAACAAGAAUUAUGAAUCUUCAGAAGAGACUUCGGGGAUAAUUGAUGACCAGCAAGUCACACAUGAUAAUGAUGUAACAAUAUACACGAAACCUGAACAAAUUUCAGACAUUUCAGAGAGAAUUGAUGACGAGCAACUCAGGCAGGAGGCCGAUGUAACAUCCAAUGAACUUGAACAAAUUUCAGAAAAUUCAAAUCACAGUAUGGAAACUAUUUUAGAUGUCUAAUGGGAGAAAGAGGAUAUAACUUCUCUAUCAGAUGAGUUCCUGUUGGCAGUUAAUGUUAUUAGUUGGAAUGAUUGUUUCCAUGUCCCUCUCCUUCAAGUUGUUCGGAGGUUAGAGUGAAGACACUCUAGAAGUAGAACAAGCGAAUCAUGUUUUUAAAAUUGUCACAACGUGAGAUUGAGAAUCUGCUAAUGGCCAUUUCAUUUGACGAUGACCAAUACACCAUUUAACAUGCCUGCAAUCAAACUCAGACAUCCUCCAAUCAAGGAGCCAAAGGCGGAGGAUAUACCAAGCCAGUAUCAAUGCAUAAUUAAAAGUGGGUGCUAUGAGUUGAAAAUUUCCUAGUUGCAUGACUUUAUAUCGAGAUUGGGUGACUGCUGGUGUUAAAUUGUUGUUCAUAUAUAUUUUAUUGAAGUUCUAAUUUACGGGUAACUUUUUCAGAA